UCCUGCCAGACUCUGUGACCUCCUCCAUCUGCACAGCCAGGACCUGGGGAGAGGACACCAUGACCCCCACCUUCACGGCCCUGCUCUGCCUUGGGCUGAGUCUGGGCCCCGGGACCCGAGGGCAGCAAGGGACCCUCCCCAAGCCCACCCUGUGGGCUGAGCCAGGCUCUGUGAUCACCUGGGGGAGGCCAGUGACCCUCUGGUGUGAGGGGACCCUGGAGGCCCAGGAGUACCGUCUGGAGAAAGAUGGAAGCUCAGUGCCCUGGGACACAAAGAUCCCACAGAAGACCAGGAACAAGGCCAAGUUCCCCAUCCCAACCAUGACACAGCACCAUGCAGGGCGAUAUCAAUGCCACUAUCACAGCCCUGCUGGCUGGUCAGAGCACAGUGACACCCUGGAGCUGGUGUUGGUGACAGGAUCCUACAGCAAACCCAGGCUCUCAGCCCUGCCCAGCCCUGUGGUGACCUCAGGAGGGAACGUGACCCUCCAGUGUGGCUCACGGCAGGGAUAUGGCAGGUUUGUUCUCACUAAGGAAGGAGGACACAAGCUCACCUGGACCCUGGACUCACAGCAAGACCCCAGUGGGCAGUUCCAGGCCCAGUUCCCUGUGGGCCCCGUGAUACCCAGCCACAGGUGGACAUUCACAUGCUAUGGCAGUUACAGGACAACCCCCCAGGUGUGGUCAGAACCCAGUGACCCCCUGGAGCUCCUGCUCUCAGGGCUGUCCAGGAAGCCCCCCCUCCUGACCCAGCACAGCCCAGUCCUGGACCCUGGAGAGAACCUGGCCCUCCAGUGUCACUCAGACAGUGACUAUGACAGAUUUGCUCUGUCCAAGGAGGGGGGACAGGACCUCCCACAGCUCCCUGGCCAGCAGCUCCAGGCUGGGCUGUCUCAGGCCACCUUCCUUCUGGGCCCUGUGAGAGGCUCCCAUGGGGGUCGGUACAGAUGCUACGGUGGACACAGGCUCUCCUCUGAGUGGUGCCCCAGUGACACCCUGGACAUCCUGGUCACAGGACAGCUCCCUGCCACACCCUCCCUCUCAGUGCAGCCGGGUCCCACAGUGUCCUCAGGAGAGAACGUGACCCUGCUGUGUCAAUCAAGGAUCCAGUGGGACACCUUCCUUCUGGUCAAGGAGGGGGCAGCUGAUCCCCCCCUGCGUCUGAGACCAGAGUCCAGAGCUCCAGGGUUCCAGGCAGAAUUCUCCAUGAGAGCUGUGACCUCAGCCCUGGCGGGGACCUACAGGUGCUAUGGGUCUCAAAGCUCAUCCCCCUACCUGCUGUCAUGGCCCAGUGCCCCCGUGGUCCUGGUGGUCUCAGGAGGCCCUGAGGAGCAGCCCCUCACCCCCACGGACCCAGGACCCCAGAGUGGACUGGGAAGGCUGCUGCAGGUUCUGGUCGGGGUCUCAGUGGCCUUCCUCCUGCUGCUCCUCCUGCUCCUCCUCCUCCUCCUCCUCCGGCAUCAGAGCAGACGCAGGAAGGCGGAGGCUGAAGAGGCGGAGCUCAAGGCCAGAGACCUGCAGGAGAGCUCCAACGUGGUUGCUGAAGUCCAGGAGGAGAACCUGUAUGCUGCUGUGAAGGACACACAGUCUGAGGACAGACAGCUGGACAGGCAGGCUGCUGCCCCUGAAGCCCCCGAGGACGUGACCUACGCCCAGCUGUGCAGCUCAUCCCUCCAGCAGACCUCUGCUGCCUCUCACUGGCAGUCAGGACAGACCCCAGAUGAAACCAGCGUGUACGCAACCCUGGCUGUCCACUGAUAGAGGCCAGGACCCCAGGAAGCAUGGGAGCCACACCACAGGGACUCAGCUAUGGACCCUGGCCAGGCUGAGGACCUGAAUGGACCAGGAGCCUCUGAGAUGUAUAGAAACUGCUUCAGGAAGCUAUAGCUGCCCUAGGAUACCUCCAAGUGACCCGGUUAACCUCUAUAUCCGCCGCCAUCAACAAGACCAUCCAAGUGGAAAACCAUCUAGCCUGAGCAGUUGCACUGUGGGCAACUUUGUGCAGGAUUCACAGUGGACUGACCAAGGGACCACAGCUGGGCCCAAGUCUCCAAAGGAGUGGACUACAGCAGCCAAGUGCUGCAGGCUUUGACCAACCUUCCCCUCCUGACAGCUUCUCAGCAAGGAAAAGGGAAGCCUGUCUCCUGACCAUGAGUGGAGAAACCCUGGGCAGUUCCUCAAUGCCUCUGCCUGGAGACUAGCCACUUCCUACUCAUUAAACCCACAUCUUAUGACAGACCUGGGACCACCCCUUCCAAACACCACUCUGCAGCAAGCUUUCCAUGAGUCAGAUGAAGACUCUCAAGGGUUUAGCUCUCAGGCCAGGCUGAGGGUGGGUCAGGCCCUGACCUGCACUUGCUAUUUUGGAAAUGUCUCUUUCCUGUCCCCGUUCACACAUGCCUAGCUUUACUCAGCAAGACGCUGUCUUCCCCAGCACUAUUAUAUGAUUAUUGGCACGCGUUGUUAGCUACCCUGUACCUCACCCUCAGCUGGCCGAGGCCCACGUCUGGGAGGUGUUCACAAGCUGGCCCAACAGGAUCAGCCAGGACCUGGUGUCUUCCAGCCUGGCAAGAGCUGAGUGCACCAGCUUCAGAAAGCCUGGCCCAAGCUGAGCUUCUUUCCACCAUAGGAGGAUGAUCAGAGGGAGGGUGGGGAUGUCUUAAAUAAACACCAAUUCCAAAGGAUUCAUUCCGUUUUAUUAUGAGACUGGAAAACAACCCUCCAGCCCAGGAGGGGAGGGCUUAAUCCUCCUCCUCAUCAUCACCAGCCCCGGCCCCACCCUGGCCCUUCUUGGCAUUCUUCCUCUUCACGCGGCCUGGGCGGCCACCCCCAUAUGGAGACCGUAGGGAAAAGUCGAUGUGCUUCUGGGAGUCCAAGCGGACAAUGAAGGACGGGAUGUUCACCACCUGCUUGCGGACCCUGAAAGGAGAGAGCAGGUCGAGGGGCCUGGGGGAACUGGACCUCCAACCAAGACACCACCCCGUCUCCACCUGUGCCUUGCACCUGGAGAGCUGUACUGACUGGGAGCGGGCUGGGGUACUCCUGACCCGUUGGACCCCUGUGCUGGGUCAGUUUCAGGUCAUCAGGACACCUCGCCAGUGCUUUGGGUGAGUUUCUCCUCCACUUUACAGAGGGGGAGAGAAGUUGAGAAACCCACAAAAUCAUAAAGUGACGAAAGAGCAGGCAUGAGCCCAAAAUGAACUUUCAAAAAUGAAUUGUAGCCGGGCGUGGGGAUGCAUGCCUGUAAUCCCAGC